CCCAUGGCCUAAAGGCUGAGGCCAGGUGCGUUACGACAGACCAAAAUGAAAGUUUGGUAUUUGAGUUGAAAGAAAAAUGAAAAAAAAAAAUCAAAAAUAAUUGAACCAUUUUUUGGGCAUAGAUGAUUAAAGGAAAGUUUCGACCCUUUUUGUGAAGUGUGAAAACCUCUUGGUUUUUACAAAACACUCGUUCCUUUGCAUCGACUCACUAAAGAGCGUGUUUUUAACAUGCAUUUAAACAAGCAACAGUUGAAAAGUCUUCAUAAAUAUCAAUACGCGGGUGUUGAUAAUUCUUUAUUAUCUAGACAUGUUUUGAAGCCGUACUGGUGGAGCCAAUUGCUCAAGGUGAUCCCAAUGUGGAUGGCGCCGAAUUUGAUUACCUUGACUGGAUUGGGAUUUGUCACCGUGAAUGUCAUAACCAUGCUCGUGUAUAAGUAUGGAUAUGAAACGGACGGAUACCCCGGGUGGGUAUACGCGUCUUGGGCUGUAGGAUUGUUUUUGUAUCAAAGUUUUGAUGCAAUUGAUGGAUCACAGGCACGUCGAACCAACAGUUCGUCUCCACUUGGUCAACUAUUUGACCAUGGCGUGGAUGCCAUCAACACAAGUUUGGAAGUUUGGCUAACCACAGAACUAUUUCAAAUGAGUAUUCCCUUGACUAUCUUUACUCAAUGUGCUUGCUUGUUAUACUUUUACGCUUCUACAUGGGAGGAAUACCAUACAGGCGUCUUGUAUUUGUCUUACUUUUCUGGUCCGGUGGAAGGCAUUCUUGUGGUUUGUGUAUUGUUUGGUAUAACUGCAUAUACCGGUGGUGUAUUUUGGACAAAACUUCAUCCCACCCCAGAAUCCUUUGGCACCAUUCGUUCUAUGAUUCCCUACUACACAUAUGGCUCUUGCAUGUUUUACCUAAUGAGCGUUGGUUUGUUUUUGAAUGUAUUCCAAAGUAUUCAAAAUGCUGCACGUGUAUUGAAAGAGGAAAAGAAGAGCGUUUGCAAGGGCUUGUUGGGACUUUCUCCCUAUUUGGCACAAUGGGCUGCCGUUUUUUUGCUCUAUGCCAAAUACCCCAACCUGUUUGAAGAGCAAUUUGUUACAGUUUAUUUAUUGAAUGCCAUGAUUUUGGCCUAUUCUGUUGGUAUCAUCAUCGUCUCCCAUGUGACCGAAUCUUCCUUCCCUCACUGGAAUGUCUUGAUUUUGCCGUACAUGGUGAAUGCUUUGGACGCCUAUACAUUUGGAAUCCUCGAAGGCUAUCAAAAGGAAUAUAUAUUUGCUUAUAUCGGCUUUACUCUAGGAAUCUAUGGAAACUUUGUCGCUCAUGUAAUAUCAUCCAUCACCGAAGAGUAUGGCAUUCAUUGCUUGCGACUUUCCCCCAAGCCAGAAGAAAAGAAAAAUUAGUUGAAACUUUGAAACGAAACGAAACGAAACGAAAAGAAAAGAAAAGAAAAGAAAAGAAAAGAAAAGAAAAGAAAAGAAAAGAAA